AUGAUCCACGCUGAUGGCUUCUCCAAGCACGAUGCGAGCGCGCAACCGGGAGGCAAUAGCAGACCCACAGCAGAGAUGUUCCAUCUGCUCUGCGCAAUUAUUGUUUGGCUCGUGACCGGCACCACCAUCUCCAGCCUCAACAAAUGGAUCUUUGCCGUGUACAACUUCAGGUACCCCCUGCUGUUGUCCGCACUGCACAUGCUGACAGCCAUCGUGGUGGACUACGGCUUGAUCAAACUCCGAGUGAUCAGCCACACGGGGGCGGUGGAGCAAGAGUUGACCCCUGGCGCUAAGUGUAAAAUCUUCUUGCUGAGUCUUACGUUUUGCGCCAGCAUCGCCUUUGGCAACAUGGGUCUGAACUAUGUGCAACUGUCCUUCGCUCAAAUGAUCUACACCACCACGCCAAUCUUCACUCUGGCGAUCUCCACGCUGAUCCUGGGCAAGCAGCAUCACAUCCUCAAGUACACGGCCAUGAUGCCCAUCUGCCUAGGGGCCUCUUUCAGUAUCAUGGGGGAGGUCCAGUAUGACCAGACGGGCUGCUUGUUUGUCAUCGCCGCCACCAUGUUUAGGGGCGUCAAGUCCAUUCAACAGAGCAUUCUCCUCCAGGAGGAGAAGAUCAACUCGGUGUUCCUGCUCUACCUGAUGUCCAUCCCCAGCUUCCUCAUCCUGGCCGUGGCGGCGCUGGCGCUGGAGAACUGGGCCCUACUGGAGUCGCCGCUCCACUACGACCGGCGCCUGUGGGUCUUUAUCCUGCUCAGCUGCCUCGGCUCGGUCCUGUACAACCUGGCCAGCAGCUGCGUCAUCACCCUCACGUCGGCCGUCACCCUCCACAUCCUGGGCAACCUGAGCGUGGUGGGCAACCUCCUGCUCUCCCAGCUGCUCUUCGGCAACGAGCUGUCCUCGCUGAGCUGCGCUGGCAUCGCCCUCACUCUGUCGGGCAUGCUCAUCUAUCAGAACUCCGAGUUCAUCGUCAGCUACAUGGACACGCGCAGAGUCAAAAUGGCGGAUUCACCAGGUGAGAACAACACGGAUUCCACCGACAUGAGGUAUCGACAGCAGAGAACAGAGCAAAAGACAGACUGAAUUGCAGGGAGUUCUGGUUGAAGGGGAACUCGAGUCAACAACAAAAAUAUAGACACAAAUAUGUUCCAUGCACUUCACUGGUCUCAACUCGGCAUUCUGGUUAAACUUGCUAUUUUGCAAUAUGAAUAGAGCAGCAAAAUCCACCCGUUAUUUAUUUAUUUGUUUUAAUCUAUCUCAGUUGGCGUCCAAUUUGUCCCGUGCUGUUGUCUGAAAAUGGCAAUCGUGCCUCUCCUGUUUUCUGGGUUUGGUCGUGUGACGUUGGCAAGCUGAGCCCGGAGUCAUUUUCAGGCGAUGGCGAGUGGCAGCGCAAGGCAAAAUGGCCGCCUUGUGAGAUGGAUCAAAACGGCGUUUUGAAGGAAAAACAAAUUCUGCUUCAUUCAUUUUUCACAAAUGCAAGAUUGGGCCGAAUACCGUGGUCAGACUAGCGGGGGCCCCAAAAUGGAACAUAUUGUCAGGUCAAUUUUGGACUUCCUCUUGAAAUAGUCGAGAGCGGCCGGCCUUACGAAGUGAUCUUCACUGAUGAUGAUGAUGAUGAUGUGCCAUGGCACAGGAAUCCCUCACCACUUCAAGGGAUAGGGACAGAGUCCCUACUGCAAGUAGUCAACCCCCCCACCCCCACCCCAAAUGCCACUAAUUUUAAACUUGAAUUGGAUGAAAUUGAUCACCCACGUUUUUAGUCACUUGAUUUUGUGUAUCAGAUGAUACACAAACACAUAGGAUUGAAUUAAGAUGCACAAUAUUGGAAAAAAAACAUUUGACAUGCGAUAUGAAUGUUGACUAUGAUGUUUAACACAUACCGAAAGAAAUUUAAUGUUUUUUAUGAUGAAUAGAAAGAAUGUUUUUUUCCCCAUGCAGGGAAAAUGAGCAAACUCAAUGUGUUCUUUGAUAAUGCAUUGUAAUCACCUCUCGAUAAUGUCCCAACUAUUUAUAUUUUAAGUUUGCGUCCGACUGGUCCAAUUCGGAUAAAAGCAACACGGUUACAGAACGUACGAUGCAACACAUUUUCCCGGUGAAUCACUGAUGUUGCCCCCCUACCCCUAAAAAAAAAAAGAAUUCUGAAUUGGUGAAGGAUUACUGUCCUCAACCGUCAUCCGCAUUGUGCCAAUUCUACUGUCCUGCGGAGACCAGAAGCGGUGGCCUUGUUUUGUUUUUUGUUGUUGUUAUUUUUAAAUCAUGCAGAAUGACCACUCCUGUACAUACUCCUCUGUUUGAAUCGCACUCCAACAUGGCCCACUGGUGGUGUGUUAAAAGCACACUUGGGCUGUUUGGAAACCUCUUGGGUUACAUGACGCCUCACCUAAAAACCGCACUGUGAAAUAGGGAUGUAACGAUUAAUGGCAAUGCGCAUUAAGGUUAGUUACCAUGUGCAAUUUGAAUGACAUGUUAUGACUUCAGCGAUUGUAUUUUAUGUCCUACAGACCCCCCCCCCCCCACACACACACACACAAUUUAGCAAUCUAAAGAGAAAAUCUGGUCUGAUUAGUGCUCAGGUGUGCAAAAGUAUGUUACAACCAGAUAUACCACAUACUGCAGCGGUUAUCACUCCCAUAAAUCAGUCAUGCCGACCAAUAUUUUUUUCAACAUCUCGGUCAAGAAACAUUGCUUGUUGCCCACUUCAACAGCGUUGUGAAUGACAUGAUGCUUUUUGCGCCGCAAAGCCCAUAGGGGGCGCAUGGCAAUAAAAUGAUCGGCCAAUCCAACUUUUUAAAAUUUCGCCAACCUCCUCACAGUUUAGUGAUAAAUAUGGAGGCAUUAGUCGUUACAUCCCUACGGUGAAGCAGAAGUUGACGUUUGAAGAAACACUGUGUAUUAAGGCACUGUUACACAACUUUCUAGUUUUUAAAUCUUUAAUAGAGGGCGGACUAUGAUUUUGGCAGUUUCACAGAAGCGCACAAUGCCUAAAACUGUGUUUUCCGACCUUUUAUCGAGCAAGGCUCAUAGUUUGUAUUUAGAAAAAAAUGUUGGAACACCCAUCAAACAGCAGUGCGUCACAAAAGUACGUGUUAAAAAAAAAAAGGGGCUGGUGAUAGUGUAACAGCCUCUCACUAUAUGACGCGGACCUGGCCUCCAUCUUGAAUCCCAGCCAAUGUCACUUUGACCACAGAGGACUGUGUGCUUCAUAUUCUGUCUGACACACGUUUUCUAAACUGUACCACUGCUGCACAAUGCCUCUCCAAAUAUGGUUUACUGACAUUUUAUUUAACGACCACUGUCCUCCCCGCUCCCUCUUAAAAAAUAUUUAUGUAUUUAUUUGUCAACAAUAAGAGCAGUCACUGGCUUUGCAAAGGUUUGUGUUGUUGGACGUGCGGUUUCGCCCGAAGGCAAAGGCCUCAGGACGAUGGUGUAGAUUUUCUCCUCCUUCACAUGGAAACGUGGGUGGGUAUAUGUAUGUGGGUGUGGGUGUAUAUGCGUGCGAAACGGUAACGUUUAUUGAAGCGUUUUCCUUGCACUGUGGUGUCAAACUGGUUUCACGCCAGAGGGAUGCCAAAGCCAUUCUUGAGGUGGAAAUGCAAUUUAUUUCGGUCGUUCAAUCCGAAAAAGUGAAACUCGUAUUUUACGUAUACCGAGUGAAAUAUUUCUGGAAUACAUCUGGAAAGUACUGAGUGCAGCAAAAGGACGGCCCCUUAUAUUGCAGUUGAAUGGAGCUUCACUGGAAAUAGAAGGUCGCAAUUGGACUUUUGAGAAAAGUAUUUUCAAAUGUGUUGAUUGAAUCUGUAAAAUAUGAGUUUCACUUUUUUCCCCCUAAUGAACUCUCCCAUCUCCUAAUUGUAUAAGGCUCGUCCAUUGAACAUGCCUCAUCCAUCCCCGGACUGUUGAAGUUGUACUCUCAAUUUUGAUUGAUUGUUUGACACUGUUGGAAUACCUCAAGCCGCUUUGUUUGCACGCCACCCGGAAGCCAAAAAAAAGAAAGUCCAAUUGCUAAGUGACAUGUUACAAGCAGCACGCCUGUUCAUCUUUGCGCUUAACACUAAUAGUGCACUGAUAAACUUCAGAGCUGCUGAUUGGAUGUACUUGUUGUUUAAUUAUUAUUGACAUGAUGGUUCGUUUGUUUUUUAUAAUUGUCCCGAAUGGCGGGGUCGACCAGGUUCCGGAUGUAUCCUGCCUUAUUGAGGCAUUCUUGAAAAGAAUUUGCCGUUUUGUUUGGAGGCAAAUGUGUGUUGGGGGGGGGGGCAUGCACACAGAAUCUACUGUUUUGUCAUUCGAAAUAAAAGGACUGGUACAAGAAUUUACAUUUGAA